AUGUAAUUUUUCGAUAAAAUUUAUGAAGUAAGCCUAUUUUUUGUUAUAUAUAUAUUAAAAAAAAUAAAGGUAUUAAUUUCUAAAAAAAUAUUUAAAAAUAAUAUCAGAUAAAAAAAUACAAGUAAAACAUUAUAAAAUGAACUUAAUUUUCAGAAAAAAGAUAGUAUAAACGAAUAAAAAGGAGUUAUUUAUUCAUUAAAAAAUAUAAUAAGGAUUUCGAAUUCUAUUUAAUAAUUAGAAAUUACAAAUCUACCCACUUUACAAAUAAAAAAAAGGCGAUCUUCAUCUUUAGAUACUGCCAAUUAAUAGUAAGAAUAAGAAAAAUCAACUUCUUUAUCUGAAAUUCUUAGACAAAAUGAUAAUUAAUAAGAAGGUUUAUUUCAAGAAAUAAACCUAUAUAUGCAUUUAAUACCAAACAAAAUAUAAAUAAUAUGGUAAAUAUGGGAAAUUAUUUUAACUAAUUAACCAUUUUUAUGUAUAACUAAAAAUCCGAAUGAAUGUUCUGAAUUAAUACUAGGUUUUAUAUCAUUAAUUUCACCAUUAGAAUUUUUGGGAGAUUAUAGACCUUAUUUUACUAUAUAUGAUCCUGAUUAUAAGAAAAUAUUUUAAGAAUAUAAUCAGAAUAUGUUUAAAAAUUAUGUUUUGGGUACUUGUAAUCCUUUGUUUUUAUAGAUUUUUAAGAAUUAUCCUAUUAUAGUCAAUUUAUGUGGAAAUAUUAAUAAUAAUAAUAAUUAAAAUAUUUUAAACAAUUAAAAUGACAAAAAUAAUAACAAGUUUAUAUUUUAUAAAUAAAAUAAUAUGAAAAGUCAUAUUAUUCCAGAUUUAAAAGCCUUAUAAAAGCUACUUUUAACUUCGAAUUCAUAAGAAUGUAUAGCUAUUAAUAAUACUUUAUUAAGAAAACAUUUUAGAUAAAUAACAUUAAAUUUUUUAGAGCCAUUUAAUGACUAUUUUAAUUCAUAAUAAUAAAAUGUAAAAACAAAACCAAAAAAAAAAAAAACUAUAUUAAUAAAAUAUAAUAAUGUUUAGGAAAUAAUAUAUUUCGAAGAAAAAUCAUUUGAUAGUUUUUUAAGAAAAUAAAAAUAAAUAAAGAUUAGUUACUUAUAUAAAGAAAAAGCUCAUAUUUUUGAAUUAUAUAACCGUUUUUUACGCUCGACAAAUUUCGUUUAAUUUUUAAGAAAUCGUUAAAUUCUAUAUAAAUGA